GCAGUUUGCUACACUGUAGCAGCUGCAAUAAAAUCAUUGUCUGUAGAAUGUAUCAUGUCGAGUCUGAGUUGCUGAAAUAACGAUCCAGGCGGCUCCUGGGGACUCUUGCGCACAUGACGGGACGGAGAGACGCUGUUGCUGAACACAUUGGACGCGCCAUUGUUCUGGAUGUUAGUGGUAAUUCAUCACAUUCUGCUGGACUUGUUCUGUAAUGUUGAAGACGUUUCGUAGUUUCUCCAAGUCACUUCUGGAUGUGUCACGUCUGGUAGCAGCGCUCGUCCCCGUGUUAUGCGCUGCAGGAUCUGAAUAGAAGGUGGACUGCCCGGUUUGGUGUUGGAUGUGAAGAUUCCUACUGGAGAAGCACCGAUAAUCAAAAUCUGGAAAGAUGCUCACCCCAGACACUCAGCGACCAAUCAGGAUCAUCUGCACUGUGCUGCUAGUGCUCCCUCUGCUGGCGGUGCAGGCGCAACAGGUUGACCAUCUGUUGAGUCAGGUGCUCUUCUGUCAGCCCAACACAUCGACCCCGGGGCUCCUGAAGAUGUUUGAUGAUGAACAAAUGUUCAGCUACAACUUCAGCAAGAAAACCACCUCCGCCUGGCUUCCUGACUUUGACCAAUGGAGCGAUCAAGCCUUCCCCAAUGCAGCGAACAUUUCGGCUUUUUUGUCUCUUUGUAGCAACCUUCGCGAGGCUUUAACUGAAACACUAAAAGACAUCAUGCCGGAAGCCAGAGGUGGUACUCAAACGAAGGUGUUCACAGCACAUCCCCUCCGAAUCGGGUCGCCCAACACAUUGAUCUGUUUCAUCAAAGACGUGUACCCUCCUGCACUCACCGUCACCUGGAGGAAGAAUGGAGAACUGUUGUCAAGAGAGCCACAAUCUCCUGGAUACUUUGCCUUGUUUGACGGGAGCUUCCAGGCCUUCUCAUACCUCAACGUCACCCCCAACUAUAAUGAUAUCUUCUCCUGUAAUGUGCAAGUGGCGGGCGAUAGCAGGACUAUCGUUGAAUACUGGGUUCCAGACUACCCGGUUCCCUCUGAUGUUCAGGAGAACGCAUUGUGUGGGUUAGGUUGCGCUCUUGGUAUUGUCUUCCUCUUCCUGGGUUUCAUGUUCCUCUGUCUUUCCAAAAAAAUACAACAGACGGACUAUUCCAGUUGAAUUCAGAAAAAUCUCAAGUCAUCUUUUUUGAAGACCAAAUAGUUCUUGUGAUGACUUACCUACUGUAGUGUCAUGAUAUUCUCCAACCAUGAUGUGGUGCCUCUUUUGUGUCAAAAUUACAUUUAAUUGUUAACCGGCAAUGACUAUGCAUCUAUGCUUUGCCUCCAGCAUUCAACUGAUUCUCAAGUGUUGAUUCUGUGAAAAUAAAGUAUAUAUUGUUUUUUUUUUCCUUCCCUCUA